AUGGGUACAUGGGAUUGGCAAAAGUUGUGUAAAGAGGUGAAGGAUAUAGAAGAGCAAUAUGCAAAGAGUGAUCAUGUAGUGGAUUUGGGACCUAUUGGCAUUAUGACGACCAGUAAUGGAGUACCGGUUCCUUUACGUGAAACAACAAGUACAUUGAACACUAGGUUACUUUUGAACGAAUAUCUAUUGGAUUCUAUAACACAUAGCAUUCGGGAACCUAUCCCGGAACGAUUCGUUCAUGCAAAGGGAGCUGGAGCAUUUGGCUACUUUGAAGUAACUCAUGAUAUGUCACAUAUAACUAAAGCUAAGAUUUUCAGUGGGGUAGGAAAGACAACACCCAUGGUUGCCAGAUUUUCACCCAUCGCCCCCGAAAGGGGAGGCAACGACCUUCUACGAGGCGCGAGAGGUUUUGGCGUCAGAUUCUACUCAGAGGAUGGUAAUUUUGAUUUAGUAGGGUUAAAUACAGAAAUGUUUGCGUUCAAAGAUCCCGUUGACUUCGCAAUGUUCACUCACGCUAUGAAAAGGAAUCCAGCUACUCAUCUAUUUGACGCUAAUGCGCAGUGGGAUUUCAUCACUCUUCGACCUGAAAGUGUGCAUACAUUCUUACGAAUAUUUGGAGACCAAGGCGUCCCUGACGGAUAUCGUUUUAUGCCAGGUUUUUCUGUACACACGUAUCAGCUUGCAAACGACAAAGGUGAAUAUUAUUUCGUUAGAUUCCAUUUUAUACCUGAUGGUGGGGUAAAGUUUUUAACGGCAGAACAAGUAAGAAAUAUCAGUAGUGAAGAUGCUGAUUAUAGUAUUCGUGACUUGUACAGAGCUAUCGAGGGAGGUGAUUAUCCAUCAUGGACUCUAUCAUUCCAGAUACUGACUCUUGACGAAGUUAAGAAUUCAGAAACAGAUGUAUUUGAUGUAACAAGAGUUCUUCCGAUUGAGAAAUAUCCCCUACACCCUGUAGGAAAGAUGGUACUAAACAAAAACCCAAAGAACUACUUUGCCGAAGUUGAGCAAUUGGCGUUGAACCCUUCGAAUUUAGUACCCGGAAUUCUUGGUGGCGUUGAUAAAAUAUUCGAAAUAAGAAGAAUGGCGUAUCGUUCUGCACAAUAUCACAGACUUGGGGUAAACUUUAACAAAAUCCGUGUAAACUGUCCGUUUAGAUCGUUAACGUACAAUCGCGAUGGUGAAGCGCCGGUUAAAGACAACGAGAGAGAUAUUCCUAAUUACUAUCCUAACUCGUUCCACGGACCUGUACCGUAUAUAGAAGAGUCUAAAUUGAUACAAAUAGUGGAAAAUCCAUCAUAUAAUUUUGAUCAAGCUAGAGAUUUGUAUGAGAAUCAAUUGUCUGCCGGUGAAAAAGAGAGGCUUGUUGAGAAUAUUUUGAGUAGUUUGGGUUCUGUUACCAAGUUCCUUCAAGAAAAGGCUGUAGAACUAUUUACUCUAGUGUCACACGAUCUUGGUAGUAGAAUUGAACAAGGCCUACUGUCAAAUGUGACAACGUACUAUUUGCAUGAUUAUAAGAAAUAGACUGGCUAAAUAUGAAUA